AUGGAUGACAUACAGUUUGAAGAGGCUGCCAGGGUUGGACAAAUUAUCGCCAUCAAAGCAAAGGUGAACAGAGCAUUCAAAACCAGCAUGGAGGUUGGCAUAAAGGUUACGGUACAGGACGUUUUGACUAAUGUUGAAAAAAUUGUGAGUGUGGCAUAUGCAACAUAUGUAGCCAAACCAGUUGGUGCUGGAAAGAUUGCAUUAGAACCUGUAAAGCUUCUGUCUACAGAAGACCACCUGGAGCAUGCCUUGGCUAUUGAGAGAAGAAGAAUCCGCCUGGGCUAUGAACAGAUCUUUCAGAACCUAAUGCAGGAGAGUAAUAAGGAAGACACUUUUGAAGAGGAAGAUGCAGUUUCAACUGAUGUUACUCAUGUACAGAGUAUUGAGCUUGUCCAGCCUCCUCAUGCAAACCAUCAUGGAAACACUUUCGGUGGCCAGAUCAUGGCUUGGAUGGAGACAGUGGCAAGUAUUUCAGCAAGCCGCCUUUGUCAUUCAUAUCCUGUCUUGAAAUCAGUCAAUAUGUUUAAAUUCUGGGGACCAUCCGUCGUGGGUGACCGCCUUGUAUUCAAUGCAGUUGUGAACAAUGCAUUUCAGAACAGUGUGGAGGUUGGUGUCCGUGUUGAGGCUUAUAACUGUGAAGAAUGGAUCAAGGACCAAGCACGGCAUAUUAACAGCGCGUUUCUCAUUUUUAACACUGUAAAUGACAAAGGAGAGCUGCUCACUUUCCCCAGAAUCAAACCUACUACAAAGGAUGGUAUGAGGCGAUACCAUGGAGCUAUUGCCCGAAGGAGAAUUCGACUAGCAAGAAAAUGCAUGCUGUCUGCUAAAGAAGACAGACCUUCUGAUCCCUGGGAGAGAAGCAACCAGGCAUAUGUGAGUUACAGCAAUGUAGCUGCACUGACACAGCUAGCAGCAAAAUCAGGAUGGGAAAUAACCAGUACACUGGAUCAUAUAAAAAUAUGGACUCAUGAGGAGGGUGAUGUGUUGUCACUCAAAGUUGAAAUGCAAGUGAAGAUACCAUCACAUCUAGCUUUCUCCCUUUUGUCUGACUUCACAUUCCGCCAACAAUGGGACAAACAUUUCAUAACCUGUGAAGUCCUACAGGCUCUGAAUGAAGAUGAGAAAAUAUACUAUGUUAUAUCUCCACCCAUGACUGGCCAUAAACCCAGAGACUUUGUGAUUCUUGUGUCUCUAAGGCAACCCUGUCAGCCAAGUGAACCCUACAUAGUAGCUGUAAAGUCAGUUACCCUCACAUCUAUGCCACCUUCUCCAGAACGCUGCAGAAGUGAAAUCCUUUGUGCCGGAUUCCAGAUCUACGGUGACAGCAACCGCUCCUGUACAGUGUGUUACUCCAAGCAAGUGACAUCAGGUGUUAUGCCGUACUUAGCUGCAAAUCUUACUGGCUCAUCAAGAUCCAUUGAAGACACCGCUUUGGAAUGUAUAAAGUUCUUGGAGCUGAAAGGCAGCAACGUGGGAUACCUCAGCCCCAGGGCAGCCACCUCCAGAGCAGGAAAGCCCCUGAGGCCCUGCUUGCCUCCUCCUGGCCUGGCUGCUAACAGAAGGGUCCAGGGCCCUGCUGCGGACCAGCAGCUCAGCUCUCCGCAUCCUGCCCACACUUGCUGUGUGCAGAUGAUGGCAGACAAGCUCUUGAGUGGGCAGCCUGUCAAAGGGACGCUUCUGCCUCAGCUGGCAGUAGCAGAACUGGGUGACAACAUCUUGCUCAGAACCACAGACCCGCAGCAGCCCCUUCCUCGGGAAGAGAGGCUGCGCUCCAAAACCGCAACUUGCACACCACGCUGCCUACACCAGCCCCUUGUCUGGGAAGUAUCGAAGGCACAUUUAAGUUUUUUCGACACUGAAGUACCGUAUUUGUCCGACGGCAACCACGGCUGCAGUAGGGGCCCAAGAAGCCCGGUGCCGCAGGUGCGCAGAGACCCCGCGCAGCACCUGCCCAUGCUGCCCAGAACUGCAUCAGGACACCGGUUCAGAACAGAGCGCCGCACGCGAGAUGAGCUCGAGGCACGUUUCUGCAGCAACAUCAGGCUUCCUUGGUCCCCUCACGCGAGACAUUCAGACACAAGCGGGAGCCUACCACCACUGGCUGUGUAG